AUGUUGAUUUUAAGUUCAUUUAAAAACAAUAGAUUAAAUCAAUGUUUGAAUCAUUCAUAAUAUGAUGAAACCUAGUUGAAAUUCUAAUAUUGGUUUUGGUUGAGACAAAAAGAAGAAAUCGAAAAAAAGAUAUUUAAGAAUUAACUUUUAAUGUGGUAUCACAAAAAGAAGAAAGAAAGUAUAAAUAAUAUGAUAUAAUAUUUAAAUAUUUCUUAAUUUGAGUUGAGCAAUAAAAAAGGGAUUUUUUAGUUAAAUAAUAAAUCUGAUAAAAAGUAUUUGAAAUAUAUUGUUUAAUAAUAAUUUAUUAAAUAAAGAAAAUUAAUGUCAUCCAAAAGUCAUGAUCGUCAUAAAAUUUUGAGCUUAGAGUAGAAUGUGGGUCUAACAAAAGAAUAGUAUGAAAAAAAAUAUUUAUUUCAUCGUUUAAAAGAAAGAUUUUUACAUAGCUAAGAUUUAUCAUUAGAAACAAUAACCCCAGAAGGGCAUGAAAAUAUUUACAUUCCAAUGGAUAUUUAAAGUCCAACUUAAGCUGAUGGUUUAAGUUAUGAGGAUGAAUAAGCUCUUAGAAUGCAUGGUGCUUAAAUUUGUUUCUAAGCCUGCAAUCACUUAAAAUUACCAUUAACAACAGCCAUUACAAGUUUAGUAAUAUUUCAUAGAUUUUUUGCAAAGUAUAAAAAAUAAUGUGAAAAUAUUUAGAAAUUCUUUUGUGGAUUUUGAUUACCGCGAAAUUUCAAUGGCUUCAUUGUAUUUGGCAGGUAAAGUUGAAGAAACAUUACUGAAAACAUGGUAUAUAGCAGGUGCAUUUAGCUCUGUAUUUCAAAAGUAAAAAUAAGCUCCAUUGUAAAAUAAAUAUAUAUGACUAGGGAUAUAAUAAUAAAAUAAGAAAAGCUAAUACUAAAAGAACUUGGAUUUGAAUUAUUUAGAGUAUCAGAUCAUCCGCAUAAGUUCAUAGAAUCAUUUUAUCAUUUUAUUAAGAUCGAUAAGCAGGUAGCUCAAAAGGCUUGGUAUUACUUGAACGAUUCAUACAUGACUGAUUUAUGCGUACAUUUUCCACCUUAAGUUAUUGCAGCAGGAGCAUUGUAUUUAGCAUUGAGGGUCUGUAAUCAUCCUAUGCCUACAUAACCAUGGUGGAUUUUAUUAGAAGCUACUUUAGUAUAAAUAGAGUAAGUAGCAGCAACCAUAUAUAAUAUAUAUGAAUUUGAAAAAAUGGAUUUUAGAUAAGCAAGAAGAAUAUUAGCUAAGGCUAAUAGAGUAGCUUAUGUUAUUUAACAUAGUGAAAUAUAUGGUAUUCCUGAAAAAAUAGAGAGACCUUUAGAAACUAAAAAAUCCAAUUCUUAAUUACUUAUUUAAUAAACAUCCUAAUUACCAUAAUAAAAUUAAUAAGAAUCUAUUCAAAAUAAUAAAGAAAAAUAAGAACCAUCACCUAAUAAUAAAGAUAAAAAAAGUAUUAAAAAAAAAAGUAAAUCUAAAGAAAAAAAAAGCAAAGAUAAAAAAAAUAAAUCUGAAAAAAAGAAAAAUAAAGAAAAAGAUAAAGAUAAAGAUAAAGAAAAGAAAAAAGAAGAUAAAAAAAAGAAAAAGAAGUAAAUAUAUAAUUACUAUUUUAUUAGAAGUCGAUCAAGAAGUAAAUCUAAUGAUAAAAAAUUAUCAAAAAAAUAAAAAAAGAAAGAAAAAGAAAAAGAAAAAGAAAGAGAAAAAGAAAGAGAAAGAGAAAGAGAAAAAGAGAAAGAGAAAGAGAAUGAGAAAGAGAAAGAGAAAGAGAAAGAAAAAGAUAAAGAAAUAAUUGAAAAUAUAAAAGAAAAAGAUAAUUAAAAAAAUGAUUAGGAGAAAUCAUCAGAAGAUCAAAAUUCAAAAAAAGAAUAAGAUCAAUAUUUAGAUAGAGGUAUGAUUAAAUCCAAUAUGGAGAUUGAGAAUGAAAAUGAACAAACUAAAAACAACAAAAAUAACUAGUAAUAAAAUUUAAAAAGUAACGAAUAAAUAAGAGAUGACAAUAUCCACCAAAAUUUAUAGACAUUUCAAGAGUCAUAGUUUUAGGCAUAACAAACUAAUCAAGAUGAUUAGUAACAAAAUAUUGUACCUAUAGAUGACUAAUCGAAAGUGUAAUUGCCUUUAUAGAGUAAAUAGGAUUUUAUUGCUCAAAUGAAAGCAUUAUUAAAAACCUAAUAACUACAGAAAAUUGAUGAUAUAGAAAAAAAAGAUAAUAAAGUUGAAAACAAUUAAAUAGAAAAAUAAUCUCCUGAAUAGGAUUCGGAAGAAGACUAAUAACUUAAUGCAAUUAAAUUAAAAAGUAAAAAUAUAUUUCUAUUUCUGUAGUCUUAGCUAAAAAAAGAAAUGAAUAAUGAGC